AUGGAUUUGAGUAGCCUAUUAAAAGUUGAAAUAGCCAAGAAACAAAAAGAGCUUGAAAAACCGCUUCUUGCAACGCCAGAUUUGCCCGAAACGACCGCGGGACAAGAUACUGCAAAUGCCACUAGUGUAGACAAAGAAGCAGCUGAAGAGCCCGAAAAGGUUGUAGAAUCUACUGAAGAAUUGUCGGAAUUGGUGUUGGAGAGGCUUCAAACGCGUCCGGAACGCGUGAAACACGUCUGUGAACAGGAUAAGCACGCUGACGUUGCAAUUGCAGUCGCGGCAAUUGGCGACACUGAUCCAGCACUAGCCGCGAAUCUGGCAAGGAGGUGCAACUUAUACAUACACCAACUGGUGCAGGAGUGGCAGGAUACAGAUUACAAGCCGGAAUUGUUAGUCGAAACAAAGAAAGCCCUUUACCCAUUGUUGGUGCAGCUUCGCAAGCAAACACUAGCUGCCGAGCUUGUUACAUCAGUGGCAACCAUUCUGUACCAUAUUCAGCAUGCCCAGUUUGCACAAGCCACGCAAUCUUACCUUAAACUCAGUAUAGGAAACGUGGCAUGGCCAAUCGGUGUCACAUCGGUAGGUAUUCAUGCCCGUAGUGCGCAUGAACGUAUUCAGGGCCGCGACAAGAUCGCCAAUGUGAUGCUGGAUGAGACCACUCGACUAUGGAUCACCAGCGUGAAGCGAUUGGUGUCAUUCGCAGCUGUUUCGGCAGCAGACGGACGUCGUAAGAAGUCACAGCUCCAUCAAGAGUGA